CCCUCGCAAAACCAAUAGCGCCGCACCGCCUUUGUAAAAAAAAAAAACGAUCGAAUUCAGAGGCGGUUCCGUUAGUUUUUCUAGUUUUACUUCUUCUUCUUCUUCUUCCUCAAUCCCUCUUCUCCAAGAAACAAGUCCCUUCAUAUAAAACACACAACACUCACAUAUACAAAUUCAAUUUCACUUACCCAGUUAAAAUUACACCCAUGUCAAAUUGUACAAGCUUUCUUGCAUGAUACCCGCUUCUUCUUCAUUCUUCAUUCUUAAAUGCCAAUUCCUUUGCUGGGUUCUUCACGUCUCUGUAACUUCUUGUUGUUCUAGGCUUUUCUUUUAAGACCCUUUUCUUUCUCUUAACACCGUAACGACUAGAAAUGUACAUAGCCGCUAGCUUUCGCCUUCUUCUCUAAAAUUUGCCGACUCUUCUCUUCAAUCCCCUUACAUAUAUACUUUCAUCCUUCAUCUCAGUUUCAGUCUUUGUUUCAGAUCAAUUUACUUUCUGCCUCUAAAUCCAUAUGGUUUACGUUUCGUAACUUCCACGAAAUCCCUCAUACUUUUAUAUUUCAAAUCCCAAUUUCAUACUUUGAUUUCGGUUUGUAAAUCCCAAUACAUUUAGUUUUUACAGCCUCAAUAUUCUUCCGGGUCUUGUUGCAAUGGAAUACAGCGGUGUUCAACGUCCGUUAUCCUCCGAUGGGUUCACAGCCUCGCCGCCGCCUAACGAUUGCGAACUCUCCGAUCAGGUUUCCGAUUCCGUCACCACAGAGACGUCCUCAGGGAGCUCCGACGAUCAAGAAUCAUCGGUCUCCGAUUGCGAAAGCAGCGUCACUAGCCGCGGCGACGACGACCGUCGCCGGGUGUUGGACGCCGGGUUAGUGAAACUUGGAGAAGGGGACAGAGUCCACGACCUCAUCAAGCAAAGGUUUCUUGCGAGUUUGGGAUUGCUUGGAGCGCACGUCACCGUUACGGCGAUUAAUAGAAACUCCCAUUCGGGUUUUACGGGUCAAGCCCGGCUGCACGCGUUUCGGGUUUACUUGAAAGCUGUGGAGGACAAGUGUGGUGGAAACGCCAAUGUGAAAUAUGGUUGGUAUUCUCCGAGUUCGAAAGCCGAGAUUUCGAAGAUCAUUGGCCAUGGAUUUGGUCACUGUGAAAAGAUCAAUUAUGGUAGAGGUGUCUAUCUUGCUCCUGAUGAUUCACCUUUGGAAUGUUUGGAAAACUUGAGUGAAGAUGAAGACGGUCUUCGGCAUCUUUUGCUUUGCCGUGUGAUUUUGGGGAAGCCGGAAGUUGUGCUGCCUGGUAAUUCUGAACAGUAUCAUCCCAGUUCGCAAGAGUUUGAUUCGGGUGUGGACAGGCUUUUCGCUCCCAAGAAGUACAUAGUGUGGAGUACUCACAUGAACACCCAUAUCUUGCCGGAGUAUGUCAUCAGCUUCAGAGCUCCUACUUGCCUGAAAGAGUUCUUGAAGACACAGGAACCAAUUCGAAAACCAACUUCACCAUGGAUGCCAAUUCCAACUCUAAUCAGUGUGCUUUCGAAGUUCUUGCCUCAGCCUAGCAUUGCUUUGAUCAUCAAGUAUCAUAAAGCCCACAGAGAAACGAAGAUCUCAAGGAGUGAACUAAUACAGAGAAUUAGACAAAUAGCAGGAGACAAGUUGCUGGCUACAAUCAUCAAAUCUUUCAGAACCAAGCAACUCAAAUCUUUGCAAGGGGUUUCUCAGGACGGAGGCAGGAAUGCGUUGGAGUACAAAAAUAAUGCAGGCGGUUUAGACGGACCUAUGCUUUUUGGAGUAAACUUAAAACAGAUCUAAUUUGUUAGCGGAGGGUAAUACGGUGGUGGAUCGCUUUGACAUGUUCUAAUUAACCACAAGUGAGGGGUUGCAGCACUUCAAAGUUUUAGUGCUUUAUCUGAUGUUAGUUUCUUUUAAUCACACAGUUGUUGUACUGGUUGAACAUUGAAAUGGUGUCUCCACCAUGAAUGGUUGAUGAGCGAGGAUGCAUUGUUUUGUUAUUCCUUUUC